UUUCGGAGAUUAGUCGUCGAGAUCGUAAUAAAGAAAAUUUACCAAGGCCCAUAGAACUUUUUAAAUUACAUUUAGGCGAUGUGCCUGAAGUUCAAAAACCAAAAUUACCAUUCGGACUUUCUUCUGAAAAAGCUAUUACCGACUAUCUUCACAAGAUGGGAACAGAUUUUUUUAAAAUGGUGCGUUUAGUAGCCACCAUUCCUGCAGAGUUUACUGAAGAAACGAAGGCUAUUAUGAGACAAUGCAUUUAUGAUGCUAAUUUGAUUAGUAACAGUGGUACACAAAAUUUACAAUUCACUACAGAGCCCGAAGCUGCCGCUGUACACUGUAUGAAAGUGUUAAAUGACCAUGGAUUAAAAGCUGGAUCAACGUUUCUAAUUGUUGAUUGUGGAGGUGGUACAGUAGACUUGACUGUCCGAAAAUUAUUGAAAAAUAAUCAACUUAGUGAAAUCACUGAACGUACAGGCGGGUUUUGUGGUGGUAGUUAUGUUGAUAAGAAUUUUAUUAAAUAUCUUGAAGAUAAAGUCGGAAAAAAUGCGAUUUCAUAUCUACGAGAUAAAAAUUAUCGACAAUUUCAUUAUAUGAUUCACCAAUUUUGUGAAAGAGUUAAAAUCCCAUUCACUGAUAAUAUUUCAGACUUUAGGACAUUUGAAUUUGAUAUUGUAAAAUAUUGCCCUGCGCUUAAAAACUAUGUUAACGGUACUAUCAAAGAUGUAUUAGAAGAUGAAGACUAG